CUGCAGGAGAGCCAGCGAUCGCCGCUGCCCGGGCCAGUCUGCGAGGCGCCCGCCACGUGUGCCCGCCGCCACUCCAGCCACUUCCCCAGACUCGCGCCGCCCGGAACGCCUGGGACGCAGCGCCUUUGCCUCCGCUCACCUCGAGCUGCUCUCACGGCCGAGCGAACAAUGAAGGACUGCAAUAAUGGAUGCUCCGCGGAAUGUACCGGAGAAGGAGGAUCAAAAGAGGUGGUGGAGACUUUUAAGGCUAAAGAUCUAAUAAUCACACCAGCCACCGUUUUAAAGGAAAAACCAGACCCCAAUACUCUGGUUUUUGGAACGGUUUUUACAGAUCACAUGUUAACAGUGGAGUGGUCCUUGGAGUUUGGAUGGGAGAAACCACACAUCAAGCCUCUUCAAAACCUGUCAUUGCAUCCAGGUUCGUCGGCUUUCCACUAUGCAGUGGAAUUAUUUGAAGGAUUGAAGGCAUUUCGGGGAGUAGAUAAUAAAAUUCGUCUGUUUCGGCCAAACCUCAACAUGGAUAGAAUGUACCGGUCUGCUAUGAGGGCGACUCUGCCGGCAUUUGACAAGGAAGAGCUUUUAGAGUGUAUUCAGCAGCUUGUGAAAUUGGAUCAAGAAUGGGUCCCCCACUCAACCUCUGCAAGUCUGUAUAUUCGGCCCACAUUCAUUGGAACUGAGCCUUCUCUGGGAGUCAAGAAGCCUACUAAAGCCCUGCUCUUUGUAAUCUUGAGCCCAGUGGGACCUUAUUUUUCAAGUGGAAGCUUUAAUCCAGUGUCCCUGUGGGCCAAUCCGAAGUAUGUAAGAGCCUGGAAAGGUGGGACCGGGGACUGCAAGAUGGGAGGGAAUUAUGGCUCAUCUCUCUUUGCCCAAUGUGAAGCAAUGGAUAACGCAUGUCAGCAGGUUCUGUGGCUCUAUGGAGAGGAUAAUCAGAUAACUGAAGUUGGAACAAUGAAUCUUUUUCUUUACUGGAUAAAUGAAGAUGGAGAGGAAGAACUGGCAACUCCUCCGCUAGAUGGCAUCAUUCUUCCAGGAGUGACAAGGCAGAGCAUCCUGGACCUGGCACACGAGUGGGGAGAAUUUAAGGUGUCAGAGAGGUACCUCACCAUGGACGACCUGAACACAGCCGUGGAGGAGAACCGCGUGAGGGAGAUGUUUGGUUCUGGUACCGCCUGUGUUGUUUGCCCAGUUUCGAAUAUACUCUACAAGGGUGAGACUAUACACAUCCCAACUAUGGAGAAUGGGCCUAAGCUUGCAAGCCGCAUCUUGGACAAAUUGACUGAUAUUCAGUACGGAAGAGAAGAGAGUGACUGGACAAUCACAGUAUCCUGAAUGGAAAAGAACAGGCUGUCAGUUGUGUGCUCUGGGGACAGACCGUUGCAUUUGAAUUAUGAGAAAUUUCUUUGGCUACCUGUUUUUAGUUGUGCAUAAUGUAGUUUGUAUUAUCAGUGUUACCAGGGCAAUUGUUUCCUCAUUCCAGAGAGGAUGAAUUGCAGUCAUCCAGUGGUAGUUUAUAAACUUGCUCCUAGAAGCUUACCUUACCUUCUUUCUAGAUGAGAAUGGAAGCCAUCUAAGCGUAGACUUUUCCUCCAUAACCUGAGUGCUUCCCUUGGUACUUCAAUCAGAUAAAAAAGUGUUUAUUCUUUAGCAUAAGUUACGUUCUGCUCCUCAACCAAGUGAGUGUUUUUGUGUUUGAAAGCUGAUCUGAGUAAAUUUCAUAGGUACCAUUUCCUGCGACACAUCUGCAUCCUCAGAAAAUGUUUGUUUGUUUGUUUUUUUAAAUCAAGACUUGGAGAAACUGGAUUUCCUCCCCUCAUAUUUCUUUCCAGGUCCCCUAAGUCCGUCUUAGGGAAAAUCGCUCCCUCCUUCCUGAUGUCCCGGUAUGCGCCAGGCUCUCCUGGUGCAUUAGCAAGGCCCACCCCUGCCCUUUCCACAUUGUGUUGUAAUCAGCAGUCAGGCUUCACUACAAGACUGAGGGUCUUGUGCCUUAUAGAUCUUUUAUUCCCCUGCCUGGCACAUAACAAGGAAUGAAUGAACAUGUACCUUCUAUAGAAGUGUACCUUCUUUGUUUCUGUAUUGUGAAACCUCUUUAUUAGAAUUUGUGAUUGAUUCUGACUUUGUAUUUACCUCAUAUUGUCUUUAUUUGAAGACUGUCUUGGAAUUAAAGUAAUAGCUCUAGAGAGAUAGUGAUACCAUACCAACCAAAUGGAAAUGAUAUAUGUUUCAUGUUAAACACAUAAAUGUUGUGUUAAAUACAAAAUAAAUCAUAUUUAGUUUUUUGAUAGAAAGCAAAGAGGUAUAUACUCUGGAUUUUAUACUCUGGUUUUAUAGAUGCUCAUUUCUGUUGAAUGGGGAUUGGAUAAGCACAUGGUUAGGGUACAGGGAGAGUGAUUAUAGAUGAUAUUUUCCUUGUUUAGGAGCCAUGAGUUAAAAUUGUAUCCUGGUUUAUCUAGGGGAAAGUCAAAUCUUGAUAGAAAACAUUUACCCUUGGAAGGUCAACUCUCAGACAUUAUAUGUUGGUUUCCUUUAGUCCUAAUAACUUUCAUCUUGCUGAUCAUAUUUCAUCCUCUUUUCAGAGCAAGGAAAAUAAUUCACAGUUUUGCUGUGCUGGAAAACUUUCCUUAAGGCAUUUAGCAACACAUAGCAAGUGGGGCUUUGAUUCUUUUCCAAGACUUAUGGCCAUAGAGUCUUCUUAGAUAGGAACAGUAAAAUGAAAAUGAGGGAAGUAUAAAAUGAAAAGGAAUGGUAAAAAUGUCUUUUAGGGGGCUUUUAAUUGGCGAUCUGAAGUCUUGGGAGAGUCUGUUCUUUUUAGGUAGGGCUGAAGUGCUUUAACUAUCCUCUGCACAAAUUUGUUCACCAAGUAGCAUUCUGAGAGUAUACAUUUGCCUUGGCUAAAUCCUGGGACCUCAUUUUCAAUAUUGUAGGCUAGAAAUGACUUAAGGUAAUUCUAAUCUGUCAAGUAGCCCAUAAUAACCAGACUCAACAUUCCUAUGAGAGAUGGAAAUCAUCUAUUUGCCACAAAUACAUUUUAUACUUUGCAUCUCUGAAUUUAGUAUGGCAAGACAUGUUCGUUGUAAGAGUUGGAGAACAAUAUGUCUUGACCUUAUGUCUGUGUGAUUUCUUUCAUCAAACCUUAAGAGCAUUUUAAGCCCUUUCUACCAGACUCUGAAGAUGAAGGAUAUACAUUUAAAGAAACAAGGUCUCCUAAAACAGAGAACACAAUCUGCCAUUCUCGUUUAAGUAAUAAGACAGGAAAUUGACCUUGACACUAACUUGUUAAAUAGAUUUAAAGGGAACAUCUGCACAUCUUUUUUCCUUGUGCACUAUUUGUUUAAUUGCAGUGGAUUAAUACAGUAAGAGUGGCACAUUGUAACUAGGCAAUUAUCCAUUCUUCAAGACUUAGUUAUCGUAACACUAAUUGAUCAUUUAAGGCGUAAGAUAGGCUAGCAUUAGGAACAUGUGAGGCUAAUCUGCUCAAAAAGAUCAACAAAUUAAUAUUGUUGCUGAUAUUUGCAUAAUUGGCUGCAAUUAGUUAAUGUUUAAUUGGGUUGAUCAAAUGGGAUUCAGCAGUUCACAUGUGCAUGAAUAUAAACAGAACUAGUGGCACUUAAAAUGAUAAUGAUUAACUUAUUUUGCGUGUUCUCUUCCUUCCUCUUCUUUUUCAGUUUUUACAUUUCAGACCAAGUUCAUCAGCCUUUUUCAAAACACAUCAGUAGAAACCAAGAUUUUAAAAUGAAGCUUUCAGGCAUUAGACAAAACCUGAGCAUUUCCUAAAGCUAUUCGCUAUUAGGAAUUUUCUUUGUUACAGUCAUUUAUCAAGGAUUCAACUCAUGAUACACCAAAAGAAGAGUCCAUUUCAGGGAUGUGUAUCGUGCUCCCCAGAACCUGCAGGACUGAAUAAACUAGUAAUACCUAAUAAAACCUUUACUUUCAAAAGUACAGAGGAAAAGUAAAAGGGAAAGAGGAAUAAAUGACUGAGAAAACUUGUUAGGGAAUCACUUUUUUUUUCUACCUGGUAAACACCAUUUAUUCUUUUCUCAAAAGAUUGUCACGAGAAAAAAAAAAAAGAUCAGAGGUAGCAAGAAAGCGCAAUGUCACAUUGAUUAUAUAACUUGACAAUGUCAGCCCUUCUGAAGAUCUGGGAAGCCUACAUUAUAUACAUCCUGGGUGAAAACUCUUCAUCAUAUUUAGUUUCCUGAAAUCAGAGUACUCUGGGGCACUUAAAGACAAUUAAUGAGUAUACCUUGGUCAAAAGAAUUGUAGGAACUUUUUAUUAAAGCUUCGGUUUCAGCUCUGCUUUAGGGAGUUUGUGCUAUAAAAUUAGCUGCCAACAUAAGCUUAUUUAUUUUCCCCAUUCCCACUUUGUGCUCAACCACUGUAUUCUUUUUCCUUUAAAAGUUCCUUUUUAAAAUUAUAUGUUCACUUUACCCUUAUGAUUGGGAAAAAUCUAUUUUAAGCAGGAAACGACAACAUUCAUUCCCUUUCAAUGAGUGAUAUUUUCUAAAAUAUUUAGAGCAAUAAACAUUCAUGAGAUGCACUAAAGCUUAGACAGGGGUUAGAGAAACAUUGUAAGAGGGCUCUUUGAUUUCAUGUCCUGAUUCUAAAUAGGAUCAAAGAAUUAUUCCUUUAAUGUGGAUUUAGGAUAUGCAAAAACUUAAGUUAUAAAUAGUAAUCCUGGCCCAUAAUUUUAGUAGAUGUUUAUUAACACCUAUCACUUUGUUUUGCCACAAGUAGAAUUUGUUCAGCUGUCUGUUUUCCAGAUAUCUCCUCACAAGAGGAGGCAGAGUGCCACUCUCUCAAUAAGCAUUACUUAUUAAUUGACAAAGAUCACAGAGAUUAUAAUUAAUUGGAUCAGUUCACUUGAUAAGUGUUGAUCGAGUACCCACAAAUAUGUGUCUAACACAACUCACAUUAGGGAUUAGAAAGUUAGUUUUAGAAAAUAAGUAGGAUAAAGACAUUACCCCCAUGGAGUUUAUACUCUCCUACUUGAAGUUUUAGGUAUAAAAGUAAUAUUUAAUACAGUUAGAUGAUAAGGAGACAAAGGCCAGAGCACACCUAUGUUAUCGGUGUGCUAUCAAGAAAUCACAAUAAACAUUUUCAUCUCAUUUUUAAAAGAAAUAAUGUCCUUUUUUCCAUUCCUUUCUUUCCUCUCAUGGGAAACUACUCAGUAGAUUAGUAUUUAGGGGUUCUUGGUGUGAAUUACCUCCGAGUUUACUGUUUACUGCCAACCUGAUACAUUUGUUAACUGCAUUCUUUUGGAGCGAUGUUAAGUUGUCAUGGUACAUCUAACAAAAGAACACCUCAAAUUACAGCAUCCUUGCUGAUCUUAAACUCAAAGUCAGGUAUUAUUGAAAUAAACAAAAUGUUCCUAGAGUGACUUUUUCUGGAAAAUGUCAAUUAUGAAUCAAACUGUUGAGACUGUUGGCUUGAAAAUGAUGGCUUACAGCUACUCAGAAAAUAGCAGGUGGAAGACUUAACUUUAAUACAACAGUUUUUCACAGUUUGAGGUUUUGAAAGAAAGGCCAUUUAAAGUAUUGCAAAGAGAUUCUUUUUUGUCAUUGCCAGAAAGUUAUUUUAAAAAUACAAAGGUAGAAGAAAGUGAUUUAUUUUCCAUCUUCAGUAUACAUACCAUAGUAAAAAACUUCUCGGAUAUUAAUUUGAGGAAGUGAUAAAGAAACAUAUCAAUAGAAUAGAAAUAUAUCAAGUGUUUGGAGGUAAAUAAUUCCCUGGGAUCAGAUAUAUGUAAACAUAUUUGCUUUAGUGAAUGAUAAAGGCAUGAAAUUCAGUCUUAGUAAAUGAGGUGGUCUUUAAAAUCUGAUGGAUACAAGUAUUGAAGUUUUAAGUAAUCUUUGUAUACUUUCUGUCUGAAAGUAUGUUUUGCAUACCACAUACCGAUUAAUAAGGUCUAAAACAUGAGUUACAUAAUGUUCUACCUAUGGAACCCACUGUUGGGAUGGUAAAAAUUGUGAGCUGUGAUACGGGAAUUAAUUAAAAUGUAUUAUCAUUGACAUGUAUUUUCUCUACAUGUCCACUGUCACAAUGGCUAGGUUCCUUGUUACCCAUCAUUGAAUGGAGACAAUUUUAACUACAGAAGAUGUCAGAGGAAGAACAAAUGGUAGUAGAGAAAGAAAGGCAAAAAGUUGAACUUGCUUCUGUGCUGUCCAAGAGAGCUCUUUUUCUUUAUUCUGCCAGCCAUUGGGAUCUUCGGCUUUCAACACAGGUGCCAAGUACAAAUAGUGCCAAUUAGAAAGUGACUAAAUAUAGUGGCCAGCUUAUCAGAUAAUCUUGAGAUAAUGAUCUAAUGGUCAUGUUACAUGGGAACUACUUUAGAUUACUACCAAUAUGGUUAAGACUUUAUAAUUGCAUAGUCUAUAAGAUCUAUUAUGUCAUUUCUUCAACCAUUUUAAGAUCUGUGAAGCUUCUUGAGACUGAAUAAAAGAAUAAGUGGCAAGGAGUAGAUUGUGACUUCUUUUUCCCCUUGGGAAUACUAUUUGCCACCAUCCCCCUCUCCUUGGUGAAGGUUAACUGAUUUGGAAAUUAGUUGAAUAUUAUCAUUUUGUUUUUAACUAAAAUGUACAACAUGCUGCGAUUUCCUCAAGCUAAUUUCACAAUGGUCAUUACAGUCAUUCUCAGGGUCGAGAAAGGAAACAAAUAACCUGCCUCAAUUUCUGCUUCAUUGAUAAGUGUUUGAAGAGUGAUGGUAUUCAAGAAUAUGGCAGUAAGUAGAUUGUGAAUGAAAUUUUAAAGAUAAGCUGGCUAAUCUGUAUGCACCUAUAAAUUCUGCAGAUGGUCCCUUGUUGACGUAAAAGAAUGCAUGAUCCCAUAGUUAGCCAAUAAAUGGAGCCUAACCUAGGCUGAAGAAUCUGUGCUUACUUGAUAUGGUGGCUGAGAGAAAAGUAGUGUGAGGAAGUAGUUUUUAAAUCAGUUUAUAGUUAGAAAUGGGAGAAUACCAGCUUAACUAUGGAGUUUUUAGAAUGUGUUCUCUUGCAUCUAAGUCUGAUUGUAAUGAAAAAGCCCCAGCCAUUGCUUGUCUCAAAUUUCUCUGGUUGUGUAGUGAUUCUUGAGAUUAUCUUAAAGAAUAAUCAAGUAGAAAGAAAUAAACAUAAAUAAGCCUUGGCUCUCAUGAGCAAUUGUUUAAAGAUUAUGUUAAAAGGAUUUAAGCUCACUGAAAGCAUAAUAAUGGAAAUGUGGAAACUAUGAUGGGUAAAUGAAACUACCUCAUUCUUUGAAGGUUUUGUAGAAGCACAAUUAAGCAUUCUAAAUUGGCUUUGUUAUAUAUGAACCAUCUGGUGUGAAAGAACUAUAUUUGUAAUGUCUAAAGGACCUGGAAUAAUUGUAUUUUGCUGGCAAUGGACAUAUUCUUUAUUGUUCACAGGUUCCUCAUCAAAUCCUCAUCAAAUUAUACACUGAUUCUGUCAUCAAUAAAACAAUUUCAAGGA